GAGACAACUGGGGGUAUUAUAGUAAUAGGCCAAGAGAGCAAUCCUCUUUCGAAUGUCUUCUUUGGCCAGUGGCAAACGGUACCAAUCGGAAAAGGCGAAAGAAUCAGUUUACACAGGAAGAGAUGGCCCAAUUUUUGAACCUUCUUCAAGGAACUCUCUCCCCAAGCAAUUCUAGCUUCUACAAUUGCCUCACCAAUGCAAUGAUGUUUCUCCAACAUAAAUCGUGUUCGUAUAAUAGAAAGCGUGAUAAGCUUCAAAAAUAUCAAGGCAUUCAAUCUUUUCUGCAAGGUAGUUGGAAGGUGAUAGAUCAUGUUGAGAAAUGCUCACUUCAAGCCCAAGGUAAGGCCUAUGUUCAUGAUGCAGGAGAAUUAGAUGCAUUUCCACACAUACAAACUCUUAAAGGAUUUCCCAAGGAGGAGCUUUUUGCAAAAGUGGUGAUGGUUCGAUUUGAUUCUGCAAUCCUACUCCAGAAAGAACUGGACCUGAAGAGCCAAGUCACCAGUGCAGUUUCUACCAUCAAGUAUUUAUUUGAAGCUGGGGCCAAAAUAAUUCUACUGAGUGAUUGGAACAUGAAAAUUAAUUCAAAACUUCUUGUGGUGGAAUCUGUUGCAGAUUUUCUGUCAUCAGUACUCCAACUCAAAGUUGCUCCAUCAAGAUGCAUUUCCAAUUGUAGUCUGUCUAAGAUGGAAGAGCUUGAGAAAGCAGACAUUCUUCUUCUUGAGAAUCUUUCUGAGUUCAAAGGGGAACUUGCUAAUUGUUCAAAGUUUGCUGAACAAUUAUCUUCAGUAGUUGAUAUCUUUGUCAAUGAUUCCUUUUCCAAUUCUCAUAAAAUUCUUGCAUCAACUGUUGGUGUUCCUCGCUUUUGCUCUGCCUGUGUGGCUGGGUUUCACUUUGAGGAGAGCCUAUGUCAACUAAAGAUGGCUGCCCAAAUCAAUAAGAAACCAUGUAUUGCAAUUAUUGGAGGGGGUAAUCUUUUUGAUAAAGCAAGUGCAGUUAGAUACUUGGCUUCUAGAUGUGACGGGUUGGUGUUUGUUGGGAUGAUGGCAUUCCAAAUAAUGCAUGCCUUAGGACUGCAUGUUCCCUUGAAUUUGUUGGAAGGUGGACCACUGAAAGAAGCUUCAAAUAUAGUUCAGCUUGCGCAAAACAGAAAGAUACCAAUUCUAUAUCCAAAAGACUUCUGGUGCAUGACUAAUGAUUUUCCAAAGCAAAUGGAAAUAUUUCCUGCCUAUGGUAUUCUUGAUGGUUGGAUACCUGUUGAUCCUGGACCCAAAGCAUUGGAUGAAAUAAAUUCUUUGCUUACAGGUUGCAAGAAAAUUAUCUGGAUUGGUCCAGUAAAAUUCAGGUUGCCAAGUCAGGAUAUAUAUGGAGCAUCUAAGUUGGUGUCAAUGCUUGAUAGACUAACUCAAAGCAACUGCGAAAUAACUGUUAUUGGGAAUAUGGCUUGCAAAGCAGUUAUGAAGGAAUCAAGUUUUGUCUCAGUUUAUAAUAUGGUUGAGAAUGCUUCAGUGGUGUGGGAAUUUCUCAAAGGAAGAAAACUUCCUGGUUUAAUGGCCUUAGAUAGAGCAUACCCAGUUGAGAUUGAUUGGAAUGCAGCCUAUAGUCAUCCAUCCCAACCCUUGGUAGUUGACAUUGGCAGUGGAAAUGGAUUGUUUCUUCUAGCCAUGGCUAAAAGGAGGGAGGACUUGAAUUUUCUUGGGUUAGAGAUUAAUGAAAAGCUUGUAAGACGUUGUCUAGACUGUGUUCAUCAAUAUGGCAUAAUGAAUGGAUACUUCAUUGCAACAAAUGCUACAUCAACAUUCAGAUCAAUAGUUUCCAGUUACCCUGGAGACUUGGUUCUUGUUUCAAUACAGUGUCCAAACCCUGAUUUCAACAAACCAGAACAUAGAUGGAGAAUGCUGCAAAGAUCAUUAGUUGAAGCAGUAGCUGAUCUGCUUGCAUCUGAUGGAAAGGUCUUUCUGCAAUCAGACAUAGAAGCAGUGGCAGUGAGAAUGAAAGAACAUUUUCUGAAAUAUGGCAAGGGCAAACUCUCUGUUGUGCACAAUGAAGACAGUGCUGAGACUGACAGAAAAGGAUGGCUUAAGGAGAACCCUUUCGGUGUUCGGUCAGAUUGGGAACAGCACGUUGUAGAUCGUGGUGCCCCUAUGUACAGAUUAAUGCUUUCUAAAUCUACUAGGCCCUAAUUAAGUAAUUGCAGCAGGCUGAUGAUGCACUAAAACUGGCUAUUGUCAGCAAUGGUACUAACCCUGAAAGAAUAGUUGGCAGCCGUUCAAUUUUGGUAGGCUCAAAUGCAUUUUGCCUUCUGACAGUUACUUGCACCAAUAGUCUUCCUGUGAGAUGCUGGACUUUUGUAUUGUUGUUGUCCAAAAAACAAGUAUCACUAUUUGUACCUGGCCAUGCUUUAGGUGAUAUUCUUACCAGUUAGCAAAUGGGGGGUGCUUACUUUAUAAUUAUAGAUCGUGUUUUGGGAGA